UCGUUUAAUUAUAUUUACAGAAUGGUUAAAAAAUGUCAAGGUCAUCUUAUUUUUUUGUUAGAAGGUAUCCACGUUCAACAAUUUCCUGCGCGGGCAACAGGAUACCCCAGAUUCUUAAAAGAUGGCCAUAUAAGGCAAUCUGUCUCGGUUGACUUGUUGUUAUUUUCCCGGUAACAUUUAAGGAAUUGCAAAAACUACUUCUGUUAACUUUUCAACUUUGCCGAAGACUUAACAUCAUUCAAAAAACCGGAGAAAUGGGUGAGGAAGAUGUUGCAGCUUUAGUUAUUGAUAAUGGAUCCGGAAUGUGCAAGGCCGGAUUUGCCGGAGACGAUGCUCCCAGAGCUGUGUUCCCCUCCAUUGUCGGACGCCCGAGACAUCAGGGUGUGAUGGUUGGUAUGGGACAGAAGGACAGCUAUGUAGGAGACGAGGCCCAGAGCAAGAGAGGUAUUCUCACCCUCAAGUACCCCAUUGAACACGGCAUCGUUACUAACUGGGAUGACAUGGAGAAAAUCUGGCAUCACACCUUCUACAAUGAACUCCGUGUGGCCCCAGAGGAACAUCCCGUCCUCCUGACUGAGGCACCGCUCAACCCAAAAGCCAACAGAGAAAAGAUGACACAGAUCAUGUUCGAGACCUUCAACUCUCCCGCCAUGUACGUCGCCAUCCAGGCCGUACUGUCCCUGUACGCUUCCGGUCGUACAACCGGUAUCGUACUCGACUCCGGAGAUGGUGUUUCCCACACUGUCCCCAUCUAUGAAGGUUACGCCCUUCCCCACGCCAUCUUAAGAUUGGAUCUUGCCGGACGUGAUCUGACCGAUUACCUCAUGAAAAUCCUUACGGAACGUGGUUACUCUUUUACCACCACAGCCGAGAGAGAAAUCGUUAGAGACGUUAAGGAGAAACUGUGCUACGUUGCUCUAGACUUUGAACAAGAGAUGACAACUGCUGCUUCAUCCUCAUCUCUUGAGAAAAGCUAUGAACUACCCGACGGUCAGGUCAUCACCAUUGGCAACGAGCGAUUCAGAUGUCCAGAGGCCAUGUUCCAGCCAUCCUUUCUUGGAAUGGAAUCAUCUGGUCUCCAUGAAACCACAUUCAACAGUAUCAUGAAAUGUGAUGUUGAUAUCCGUAAAGACUUGUACGCUAACACCGUAUUAUCUGGUGGUUCCACCAUGUUUCCCGGUAUUGCUGACCGUAUGCAGAAGGAAAUUACAGCUUUAGCUCCUAGCACAAUGAAAAUCAAGAUUAUUGCCCCACCCGAGAGAAAAUACUCCGUCUGGAUCGGUGGUUCUAUCCUUGCUUCUCUCUCCACCUUCCAACAGAUGUGGAUCAGCAAGCAGGAAUACGACGAAUCCGGUCCAUCCAUUGUCCACAGAAAGUGCUUCUAAUUGUUUUCAUUUGAUGCAAGAGCUUUAAUUUUAAUCAUAUGUAAAAGACUUAUUUUUAAGCGACAUUAGUCUCAUGCAAGUAGAACCGGGGAAAAUUGUAGUCUUGUUUGCUCUCUGUAUGACUGUCAGUCAAUCUGUCUCACUUACGUUUGCCAAACGUUUUUGUUUCUUUAUGGUUAAUUUUAUUGAUCUGAAACUCUAUGUUUAGCUUUAUAACUACAAAUCAAGUGUGAGAAUCAAUAAGAGGACUGUUGGUAGGAACAUGUUUUGCUUAAUAUGUAAUGAAUGUAUAUUUUUUUGCCAGUAAUGCAGUGAUGCUAUUGCCUACAACCGUAAAUAACGUUUAUAAAUUAUGACUUAUUUGACUGCGUUUUAGGUUAUUGUCGUUAACAACAAUCUCUUUCAUUAUGUAAAUGCUACUUUGAUUAGUUUGGUUGCCAUUUCAAACUCUACUACAUGGUUAACGAAAGUUUUUGAUUGUUUAAAUGAUAAAAGAUACUUACAUUAGAUUUUUUAAAUGGUUAUUAAAGAAAUGUAGGCAAUUGCAAAAGGUUUUUGACAUUUAACGUUGUCUUUUUUAUGAUAAGUUCAAAUAUAUAUAUAAAGAUAAAUUGUGAUUUGGUAAAUUUUUCAGUAUUUAAAUUUCUAUAAAAGUAGAUAUUUCUGAGAUGAGUAAUGUAGUACGGAAUCGUAUUAAUGGCACACUGAGGCUUUUCAUUUGUUUGAUUUGCUUUCCACACCCAUUUCUGUAAAAUGUACACAUUAAUAUGUAAAAUGUACACAUUAAUAUGAAAAAUGUACAAAUGUAAAUUUUAUCCUUUUUCUAUAAAAAUAGCAAUUUAAUUGUUAAAAUUUACACGUUAGUUUGUAAAAUUCACAUUUUAAUAUGUAAAAUUAAUACUUCUAUCUGUACCAUUUCUCUUUAAUGUAUAGUUGGUAAAUUUAAUUUGACUUUCUUAAGGGCAAUUUCCUUUACUUAAUCACGUAAUUUUGAAGUCGAAUCAAAUAUCAUUUUAAUUCUUAUAUAUUGUAAAAGAGUCUGAACGUAUAAAGAUUGCACAUUAAAGUGUAACACCAACUGAU